AUGGGUUUCUCGGAGAUGUCUCAGUUCAAGACCUCACAGGCCCUGGCAAACACUAAAGAGUACUGCUGCUUUCUGAAAGAGAAGUUACCUUCUUUUUCCAUAGCAAUGCUUGUAGUUCUUUUUGUGGGUGGUGUUCUUUGGUCAUCUACCUAUACCGACUCUAGCCGAAGCCCACACUGGCCACAGAAAGCUCCAAGAGUCCAUGAUUUCUCCAUGGAUGCACAGGGUUUUAACCUGCGCGAUGACCCAACUAACAGAACUUUCUACAACAACCCAAUGCUCAGUUAUUCGUUAUAUAGGCCCAUCAAAAACUGGGACGAAAAGAGAAGAGAGUGGCUAAAGCAUCAUUCAUCCUUUGCCCCCGGUGCAAAAGACAGAAUAUUCAUGGUGACAGGAUCACAACCGUCAAUUUGCAAGAACCCAAUCGGUGAUCAUCUCCUGUUGAGGCUUUUCAAGAAUAAGUGCCUUCCUACACCCAAAAAUGGUCUCUUAUUGGGCCAAAUUACCCUUAAUCCGGGCCACAAUGCUGGCCCACCCAGUGGCAGAGUGGAUGUGGUGGGUCGACUCGGAUGCCGUUUUCACCGACAUGAGUUCAAGCUGCCAUUAGAGAAGUACAAAAACUACAACCUCGUAGUGGACGGUUGGUCCAGCAUGAUCUACGAGAGCCGUAGUUGGGUCGGGCUCAAUGCUGGGGUCAUACUCAUCCGAACCUGUAAGUGGCCCAUGGCCUUGAUGAAAGAAUGGGCCAAUAUGGGCCUAAUAAGCCCAAAUUACGAAGAGUGGGCCCACAUCUUAUCAUCAACCCUCAAACUCAAAGCAACCCAAGUAUCCGACGAUCAAUCGGCUCUGAUUUACUUGUUAUUAACACAGAAACANAAAGCAACCCAAGUAUCCGACGAUCAAUCGGCUCUGAUUUACUUGUUAUUAACACGGAAACACAAAUGGGGUGACAAAAUUUAUAUAGAGAAUUGA